GCUAUCGGAAAUUAAUUUAGGGAACAAGAAGGGAGUUUACAGGCUAAUUAUUUGAACAGUCAGCAUCCGUGCAUUUACAAUGGCUCCAAGGAAGAAUUUCAGAAACCAAGCCAAAAAAGAGGUGAAGCCUGCAGCAGUGGUGAAUAAGAAUGGUGUGAAAGUGGAGGCUUCUGUUGCGGCUAGCAGUGGUGGUUUUAGCGGAACAAAGAUCUUCACCUGGUUCAUGGUGCUGGCCCUGCUGGGGGUUUGGAGCUCUGUGGCCGUGGUGUGGUUUGACCUGGUGGACUACGACAAUGUCAUCGCAGAGAGAGCAAAGGAAUUCCGUUUUAACUUUUCAGAGGUGUUACAAGGUAAACUUUCAGCGUAUGACGCAGAUGGCGACGGCGACUUCGAUGUGGAGGACGCCAAAGUACUACUCGGACUGAAGGAGAGGCCGGUUUCUGUGUCGCUGAGGGAAGCCAAGGAGGAAUCUGCUGUGAAAGAACCAGAUGCUGUCCCCCCUCCUGAUGAUGAUGUUGAUGGAUCUCAGAACACGGAUGUGGAAUCUGAAAUCCAAGCUGCUGUCUCUCUCCCCCCGAUAUUGGAUGAUUUUAUCCCAGAUGAUAGUAGAGAUGACGCAACACAUCCUUAUGAGGAUGAAAACGAUGCCAUUGACACGAAAGGAGAAUUGGUUGAGAAGGCACAGCCACAGCAGACACUAGAAGAAUCAAAGCAAUACAACAACCAACCAGGCUCCCCGGAGACAAAGGAAACAGUACAACUGCGAUACAAUGCAGAGGCUGAAUCAGUCCCAGAACCGGAGGCUGACGUGGAACCAGAGGUGGAAUCUGUUCCGGAACCGGAGGCUGACGUGGAACCAGAGGUGGAAGCUGACGUGGAACCAGAGGUGGAAUCUGUUCCGGAACUGGAAGCUAAAUUUGUUCCAGAACUGAAAGAAAAUGCUGAGGACCAUCCCAAGGAUCAGCUUAAAGAAAAAGCCAAAAAGAAGAAGCCCAAACUCUUGAAUAAAUUUGAGAAAACGAUCAAGACGGAGAUUGACGCUGCUGAGAAGUUACGUAAAAAGGGGAAAGUGGAAGAGGCUGUCCGGGCUUUUGAAACUCUAGUGCUGCAGUAUCCUCAGAGUCCCAGAUGUCGCUAUGGGAAAGCCCUGGCUGAGGAUGGCCUGGCAGAGAAGAUGCUCAGCAACGACAUGCUGCAGAAGGCCAUCGGCACAUACAAGGAGGCGUCAGAGCUGCCCAACGCCACACCUGACCUCAUCAAGGCCACACUGAAGAAACGGGCUGAGCGUCAGCAGUUCCUCGGUCGUAUGAGGGGUGCCUUGGCCACGUUGGAGAAACUGGUACAGAUCUUCCCUGAGGACAUGGCCCUGAAGAACGAUCUGGGUGUGGCCCACCUGCUCAUCGGAGACAACAACAGUGCCAAGAGGGUCUACGAGGAGGUGUUGGCCACUGCACCAAGUGACGGCUUUGCUAAAGUCCAUUACGGCUUCAUCCUCAAAUCAGAAAACAAGAUAGCAGAGAGCAUCCCAUUCCUCAGGGAUGGUUUGGAAUCAGGAGACCCUGGCACAGACGACGGCAGGUUUUACUUCCACCUCGGAGACGCUUUACAGAGAAUGGGAGACGACAGUGCCUACAAGUGGUAUGAGAGAGGGCACCAGAGAGGUCACUUUGCCUCCGUAUGGCAGCGAUCUCUUUAUAAUGUGGACGGUCUCAAAGCCCAGCCGUGGUGGACGCCCAAGGACACUGGAUAUAUGGAUCUAGUCAAGACCCUGGAGAGGAACUGGAGGAUCAUCAGGGACGAGGCCCAGUCUGUGAUGGAUAAAACCACUGGCCUCUUUGUUCCAGAGGAGGAGAACCUCAGAGAAAAAGGGGAGUGGGGCCAGUUCACCCUCUGGCAGCAAGGCAAGAAGGCAGGGGAGUCCUGCCGCAGUGUUCCAAAGACCUGUGGCCUGUUGGAGCGCUACCCAGAGGCUACAGGCUGCAAGAGAGGACAGAUCAAGUUCUCGGUGAUGCAGCCUGGUACUCAUGUCUGGCCCCACACGGGGCCCACCAACUGUCGCCUGCGCAUGCACCUGGGCCUGGUCAUCCCCAAGACGGGCUGCAAGAUCAGGUGCACCAACGAUACCAGGGCUUGGGAGGAGGGGAAAGUGCUCAUCUUUGAUGAUUCCUUUGAGCAUGAGGUGUGGCAGGACGCCGACAGUUACCGGCUCAUCUUCAUCGUGGACGUGUGGCACCCCGAGCUCACCCAGUACCAACGGCAGACUCUCUCCCCCAUUUAGACUGUCCGACAGACUGACUGACAGGUCCAAGGUAUCUGUCAACCCAUUCCCUCACAAGUAUUGACCCCACAGCCAGCCAUUUUAGGUCAAACGGGACAAUUGUGACACUUGCCUCUGCUCAGUCCAGGGUGCCAUUUUGGCUCCAUCUUGAAGAGUUUACUAAAGGGCCUCUCAGAUUGGAAAAAGCCUUACAACGACCCUUGGGAACACUGACUGCUAACUGUGGUACUCGCCAAGUAGGUUUUUAGGCAUAAAUGUGAAUUGUUUUUAAUAAUGUUAAGGUGUGGGUUGAAUAUCACGUAGGUUGUGUUGUAAAUUUGUCACAAGUGCAUUUUUGUUUUCAUUAGGGAACCGAAGUGCUAUAUGUCUGAAACAUACCUAACAUACGGUAACCGCACGAAGCUGUACUAUUGCAGUUAUUGACUUUACUGUUGGACACUUACUGAUACUUAAAAUGGAUAGUUUUUCAGGUCUUUACCCCGAUCUUAAUGAAUUUCUUACCUCAAGAAAAUGUAUUCGAUUACUUAUGAGGUAAGUAAAUGAUGUGGGUUAAAACACAGAAAACGAUUCCUUUUUAAGAUGUUGUUAAACUAGCUAAACUUCUGCUAGCUGAAAAGUGGGAACCUAAAUCUGUUGUUUCUCUAACGUGAUUUGUGAAUAUAUGUCCUGCAAUUUCCAUAACUUUAUAAAGUAACCUGCCUCUUACUGUAUUUGGGGGGGGGGGAUUGUAAUACAGACACACUGCUUAUUAGGCCAUUCCAUUUCACUUGUAGGAUUGUCUCUUUGGAUCAAUGGAUAGGAAAUCACAAUGCCAAGAAUGUUUUUAUUGCAGAAUUAAUAUUGCCAAGAAUCUUGACUGAUACAUCUUAUUUUUGUACGCUAACAAUAUACACUAUUUUGAACUGCGCCUUGACCUAGGAGCGCACACAGACAUUCUACUCAACAGGCUUGUCUUUUGGCAUUUAAAAUCUUACAAUGUGUGUAUUUACAUUCUUAAAUGUGUCAAAUAUGAACAUGUGACUGAAGGCAUGUAUUUGUCAGAUGCAUAAACAUUUUAUGUUUUAUAAAAUGACAAUUUCCCUGUAAAACUUCAGCAGGAGCAUGUUGAAUGUAUGCAAGACUUGUCACACGGCAUUCCAUACCUUGGUCAAAUACUUCCCAAUACUUCCGCUGCGCUUAAUUUAGUUUGCCUUGUACAAUGGAGCCAAUGGAAUGCUCCCUAAAAGGAGAACCCCAGGCUAAAUCAAGCUAUAGGCUAUACUUGAAAGUAUUGGACCCAGGUCUGCUGCAUUCCAUGUAUAGCAGAGCUGAUUAGAGGGGCUUUGCCUGACCAAUGUUGUUGCUAUUCAAAAGAAAAAUGCCAAAGCAUGUUCUAUCAUUCUCUAUGAGCAUUGGUAGUCAAGCUUCACUGCAGCAAUGAAAUGCACCUCUCUGGUGUAUGUGACAAUAAAACAUAUAUUAUGUCCAAAUCAGACUGGUGGUAUUAUGCAGCGUUCAUGUGCUAUUAGAAACUCUGGACUAACAAAUUCUUGGCAAUCCCAGGGACUCGUCAAAACUACGAGUUUGAGGUCCCAAACUGUUCAUAAUGAGCUUCCAAGUGAGAAAUAUGUGUGGCAAACUUGGCUAACAUAAUUUUACCCCUACUUCAGAGGAGCAUGUGAAGACACAAUCCAAAGAGAUGAAGUCAAAACCUUAGGCUCAAUGGAUUGCCUUUCAACAUUGUCAUUGGUGUCUUCGGGGUAUUUGUGGUUAUCAGUUUGUGUUAUGACGAUGACACAUUCAAGCUAUCUCCUCCAUGCUUCAAAUGAUUCCCUUAGUUACAAGGGUAACAAAUCCAGCACCUUUACAAAGCCACGCUGUUUGAGAUUUCACCCUUUGUGGUCCUCUGUUAUGAAUUGCUAUCACUCAUCUUAGGAAGUUAAUACUUUUAUGAUGUUGAAAUCACUGAGCUGUUGAAACUGGCCUGCCAAAUAAGUCAUGUUUCUUUCAAUUCUAUUUUGUGUGUUGUAAUCAGUUACUAUUAAUAAUUGUAAAGCUUUUUUUUCCCCCAGUAAAUUAAACAAUUUGGUCAAAAUGGUGUCACGUGA